UGUUUCCAAUGUACAAAUUUCCAAUCAAAUUUUUGUAAAAAUAAAUUAAUUUUACUAAUUUUGUGAAACCAAAUUUGGCAUAAUUGUUAUUCGUCAAGUGAUGAAAUACCUAUUAACAUCGUAUUUGAGAUAACUCUUUCGUGCCUUAUUGUUUUGUUGACGCUCUCUUGCAUCAUUCUAAACGGAUUUUAAUUGUUGACCGAAAAUUUCUGAUUUGUGAUGAUGAAAUAUUUGUUAGAACUUUCAUACAAAUAUUUUAUCUUGUCUUAAAUGUAGUUUCUUCAUUUGGAUUGUUUAUUGAAAAAGCUCGUUGAUCUAUAACUAUCCAACUGUAAUCCUAAAUUUGGUCUUUUAUCGAGUUUGCUUUUGCAUUAAUUGUUUUAGCCGAGAAUUUUUCAUGUCUUCAUCCACAUCCGAUCCAUCUAUUAACUCCUCUAACAUGGAUGAGGCGUCAAAGAAUUCUGUACUCACAUCACCAAAUUCAUUAGCUAUCAAUGAUGGUGAUAGCCAAAGUCAACUGUCAAGUUUUUCUGAACCUGGUCCAGAAAACGGUCCAUCGCCUUGUGGUAAAAGUGUUACUAAAACUUUUCAAGACAAAAAUAUUUCCGUUAAAAUUUUGCGAAGACCUCCUAAUACUACUGUUCCUAAGUUUGCUCUUCAUGAUUGCAGCCCCAUUUGUUUAGAAGAAGAAAAAAGAAUCAAAGAGAUUAAGGGAGUUAAGGUUUUAAGUCACUGCAUCCUGAUUAACAGAGUGAAUCCAUAUUGUGUGCCUAUUUUCAUGGGAUGGCAUCGCACUAAAUCUGAUGGUAUGAUUCUCUACACAGCGCCAUGUGGUAAACAGCUGAAUUCAAUUCGCCAAGUGUACCAGUAUCUUCUUAGAACCGAAUCUGGAUUGUCAAUUGACCAAUUUUCGUUUCACAGUCAAUUGAAACUUCAUACUUCUAGGGAGCCUUUCAAAGCUUACUCGUAUGUCUCUGACAUUGCUAAUGGAAAGGAAAUUCUACCAAUCGCUUGUAUCAAUGAGCUAGAUCCAAGUUCACCUGAAGAAUUCGUGUACAUUUCUGAAAGUAUUGCUGGUCCUAAUGUAAAUUUGGAUUGUGAUCCUGAUUUCUUAAGCUUUUGUGUUUGUCAGGAUAGAUGUAAGAAUUGUGAUGAAUGUUCAUGCCAUGGGUUAUCAAAAGAAGAAGCAUAUAUGGUUUCCGGAGGCGACUCAGUUAAUCAAGCUGGUUUCAAAUACAAGUGUUUAAAUAAGAAAUUAGUCUCAGCAGUAUUUGAAUGUAAUGCUAAUUGCAAAUGUGAUAUACGUUGUUUGAACCGUGUUACUCAAAACGGAAUGAAACAUUGUCUCCAAGUGUUCAAAACUGAAAAUCGUGGAUGGGGUCUAAGAUGUCUUCAUGAUAUACCACCAGGAUCUUUUAUAAGCUUGUACGCUGGAGAAAUAAUUGACUUUGAUACUGUUAACGAAGAAAGCAGGAUAAACGAUUACAUUGCAGCUUUAGAUUAUAUAGAAGCAGGUCGUCGUCCCAAAAGAGAUUUUGAUACAGCAUCGGACAUUGACAGUGUUCUGGACUCAGACUCAUCAUCUUCGGAAGAGCUUUCCAGUUGUGAAGGAAUAUCGAAUUCUUCCAUUAUUGAUGAUUUGAGUGAUUUCGAAGGGGAAAGAGCCGAUGUAUUAUCAAAAGAUCAGAAUUUAAACAGUAAUGAUGUUGAAAUAGAAUCAACAAACAAGUCUCCCAUUCAACCAAACUCAAGCUCUAUGAAUGGCUGUAAAAAUUUACCCAAUGAUUCAAGCAAACGCUCUCAUGAGACUGAAGAACAAGAUGAUUUAAACAAAAGAACUAAAAACGAAGAUUCAACUGUACCAGUCAUUGAUUUAGAGGAUGAACUCAUUGCUGAAGUACUGGAAUCUCAAGGACUAGAUUCUGAAGAUGUAAUUAUCGAUUUCGAUAGUAUGGAUCAAUCCAAAAUUUCUUCCUCCCGAGAAGGUACUAAUGGUGACACUGUUGCUAGUAAUCAUGGAGAUAUCGAUGAUAAUGUUAGUGAUAAUGAAAGCCUCGCUUCAGAAUCAAAACCUUCCAUUAUUCACAAGCAUCUCGAUAUGAAGCACAGUUUUUCAGUUGACGGAGCUCGUUAUGGUAAUGUCGGUCGAUUCCUAAACCACAGUUGUGAACCAAAUUGUCGUAUCAGAAAUAUAUUCGUUAACAAUCAUGAUUAUAGAUUCCCACAGUUAGCUUUUUUCUCUACUAGACUAAUCAAAGCCUAUGAGGAAUUAACCUGGGAUUAUCGAUAUCCUACCCAUAUUAAAUACGCUGAUAGUAAAGAAUGCCUUUGUGGAUCUCCCGUUUGUCGAGGACGUAUUUAUUAAUUUUUUUAGUCAAACUAUCAACAAGCUCCUCAUUAAUUAUUUCACUAACAGCUAUUCGAAAUUUCUUUCCUUUAAUAUUUCACCGUAAAUAAGCGAAUCAUUUCUAUUUUUAAUUUUGUUCUCCUUCAACCAACCAAAUCACGUUUAAAUUAAAUUGUAAAACAAAGUAACUUUUCUCGUUCCGUUUUGAUUUUGUGUCAAUAAAAUUGAG